AUGUCUGAUAAACACCCCAAGGAAGAGGGGGUGGCUGCCGCCGCCCCUGCUUCCCUGAAUGUGCCCCGGGCCUCCGGCGGACACAACCACUUCCAAGGUCAGCAGCAGCAACCCCACGGCAAGUACCCGUACUCGGGCCAACCGUACCAGGGACGCAAGCCUCAAGGGCAAAGACCUCAGGGCGCCAACAAGUUCGUCAACCAGAACGGGAAGAAGCCCUACAACAAGCAUGGCAACCAGAACCACCACUACCAGCAGGGACAGGCGAUUCCCCAGCAGGCUCCCGGCGCCAACUACUACGGCUUCCCCAUGUACAGCUACCCUUACUACCCCGCCGCCGGCGCUGGCUACCCGAUGAUGCCCAACGCCCCUCAGUACGGCAUGCCCAUGCAAUCGUCUCCCACCCAUACCCAUCUUGCCCCGAUCCCCCCGGCGCAGGUGCCGGCGCUGGCCUCGAACCCUACCACCCCCGUGUUGUCGCCGCCCCAGAUCGCCACCCAGAUGGUGUCGCCUAAGAUCAAAUUGACCACCAAGGAUGGCAAGCCCGUUGACUUAGAGGGCAUGCGUAAGGAACAAGCGGCUCACCACACCGCUACCACCCCGAAGUCAUCGCCGGCUCCCAUCAAGGCCAACUUGGCGCCGCAAAAGCCGCCGGUGGCGGCUGCUCCGGAACCGGUAGCCGCUCCCGUGGCGGCUCCCGUGCAAAAGGCGGCGACUCCCGAAGCGAAGCCUGCGUCGGACUCGUCGGCUAAGUCGGCGGCGAUGGAAGAGUUCAAGCGGAAGAUUCUUGAACGGGCAGCGGCGGCCAAGGCAGCUAAGGAACCUAAGACCGAAGCGCCUAAGACCGAAGCUCCCAAGCCGGUGGAAAAGGAAGUCGAACCUAAGGCUGAGCCUAAGGUCGAACCUGCUCAACCUCAAGAAGAACCCAAGGCGGAACCCAAGGAAGAACCUAAGCCCGAAGUGACUAAGGAAGAAACCAAGGAGGAAACCAAGGCUGAGGAGCCCAAGGUGGAAGAAGCUAAGGUUGAAGAGCCCAAGGCUGAAGCCGUCGUGGAAGAACCGAAGGCUGUGGAACCUAAGGCCGAGGAAGCUAAGGCUGAAGAAGAACCCAAGGUUGAACAAACUAUUCCUGAUGAAACUAAGGUUGAGGAACCCAAGGCUGAAGAACCCAAGGCCGAAGAACCCAACGCCGAAGAAGAAGCCAAGGAACUGCAAAACGUCGAGCCUCUGGCUGAGCCAGUCGCUGACGCUGAAGAACCUUCUGCUGAACCUAAGGACGCGGGUGAAUCCGCUGAACCUAAGGAACCUUCGGAACCUAAGGAGGUGAAGAUUGAAGAACCCACCGAGGAGAUCCCCGAAGAAAAGGCUGAAGAAGAAGAUGAAAGCUUCACCGUCACUCAAUUCUUGGCUAAGGUUAACGAAGCCGAGAUGAUCGAAGAUAUCUAUUCCGUCACCUACCCUGAAGGGUUCACCGGUGCCGACCCGUCGAAGAAGCUUGAAGGCAAGAAGUUCCGUUACGACCCGCAAUUCUUGUACCAAUUCAAGGACGUCGUCCAAUUUCGGGUUGACCCCGAAUUCAAGGCGAUCCUUGACAACGCUUCCGUCGAGGUUCGUCCCCGUCAAAACCGUCAAAACUCUAAAUUCGGCAUGGGCAUGCGCAGAGACAACCAACUGUUCCGUCUGGGCUCUCAAUUCAAUGAACCCCGUCAAAACCUGCGCUCGGGCUCCAAGCGUCGUGGCCAGGGCUCGUCGAGAGACAAGGGCUCUCGUCGUAACCAAUCGAAGCGUGGUAAGGAGAAGGAGGAAGACAACCCUCAAAUCACCAUCCCUAAGGAAGAAAUCAAGCCUUUGGCUAACUCCGCCUCCAGAUGGGUGCCCCGGAGUCGUCAAAAGACUGAAGAACAGCUCGUCGCCGAAGAUGGUACCGUGCUCCUCAGUCCCGAAGAUGUCGAUCGUAAGACGAAGUCGCUCCUUAAUAAGCUUACCCUCGAAAUGUUCGACCCCAUCACCGACGACAUCCUCAAGAUCGCCGCUCAAUCCAAGCACGAAAAGGACUCCAAGACCGUUCGUUCUGUCAUUCAACACACUUUCGCCAAGGCGUGUGAUGAACCCUACUGGUCGGAAAUGUACGCCAAAUUCUGUGCCAAGAUGUGCACCAACAUUUCUGACGAAGUCAGCGAUGAAACCAUGGUGCUCAAGGACGGCACUGUGCCCUCGGGCGGGGCUCUUGCUCGUAGAUUGCUUUUGACCACUUGUCAAACCGAAUACGAAAAGGGGUGGGUGGACAAGUUGCCCACCAACGACGACGGGCUGCCGUUAGAACCGGAAAUGAUGUCGGACGAAUACUACGCCAUGGCUGCCGCCAAGCGGAGAGGGUUGGGUCUCGUCAAGUUUAUUGGUCAUCUUUACAACUUGAAUAUGCUUAACGACCAGGUCAUUUUCUUCUGUUUGAGAGACCAGUGCAAGAACUGCGUCGACCCUUCGGAAGACUCGUUGGAAAACUUGGUGCAAUUGGUCAAGACGGUUGGUCCCAAGUUGGAGGCCGACGAAUCCACCCGUCCCAUCCUCCAAUUGGUGUUUAAGAACAUCCAAAAGAUCUUGGACAACGUUGAGUUGUCGCUGAGAAUCAAGUUCAUGUUGAUGGACUUGCAAGACUUGCGCAAGGCCAAGUGGGUGCUGAUGCGGGCGGGCGAUGCCGGUCCCAAGACCAUCGAAGAGAUCCACCGGGACGCCGAGCUCAAGAAGCUUGAAGAAAAGCAGCAACUGGACAACAAGAAGCGCCGACACCACGACAGUGGCCGCCUGAACUCGUCGCGCGCCGGUUCGCUGUGGAACAACAGCUCGCAAAGCAGUUUCCUCAAGAAGCUGCCGCUGUUCUCCCGCUCCAACAGUCAAGCCCCCGCCGCCCCCGCCGCCUCCCCGGCUCCCGAAAUGACUAGAGAGUCGUCGAAGCGGUCGGAGUCGACUCAUGUGAACCGCUUUGCGGCGUUAGAUGAUGAUGACGAUUCUGAGUAA